ACACAGAUCCUUCCCUAGCCUCUCUCGGCAUAGCUCCCGUUUGUGUUUGGGGGAUGGUGCGGUGCCGAGGAUGAUAAAGCUCUCGUGGUGUUGUAAUUUACUGCUUGGCUAAAACCUUCCACUUCCUAACCGAGCCACCCACAUUGUUUUAUAUAUAUAUAGUACCCAUUUACGUAUGUAUUUUGGCGACGUUUAAGAAAAGUGGAGUACCCGUACGUACGACCACAGAGUGCACGCUGAACAACCGAUAAAAUGUAUUCCAGUGGAGCAGCUGGAGCUGCUGAGAUGCUUGAACCACCUCACUCCUCGGGGUCAAUUGGCCCUGACCCCUCUGAUCCAGAUCCCCCAUCUCCCCCAGUGCCAGAGUAUGUGUUCAAACCACCCUCGCGGCCGGACUUUGGCACCAUGGGCAGGACAAUCAAACUGCAAGCUAACUUCUUUGAGAUGGAGAUCCCCAAACUGGAGGUCUACCACUACGACAUUGACAUUAAGCCAGAGAAAUGCCCCAGAAGGGUCAACCGUGAAAUUGUGGAGCACAUGGUACAGCACUUUAAAACGCAGAUCUUUGGGGAUCGAAAGCCAGUGUAUGACGGGAGGAAGAAUCUCUACACAGCCAUGCCCUUACCCAUAGGGAGGGAAAAAGUGGAGCUGGAAGUGACCAUCCCAGGCGAGGGGAAGGACAGGAGCUUCAAAGUGGCCAUAAAGUGGGUGUCCUGCGUCAGUUUGCAAGCUCUUCAAGAAGCCCUGUCGGGACGACUGCCAAACAUCCCCUUCGAGACCAUCCAGGCCCUGGAUGUGGUCAUGAGACAUUUGCCCUCUAUGAGGUACACCCCCGUCGGACGUUCUUUCUUCACCCCUUCAGAGGGAUGCUCUAACCCCCUUGGCGGGGGCAGGGAGGUCUGGUUUGGGUUCCACCAAUCAGUCAGGCCUUCCCUGUGGAAGAUGAUGCUAAACAUUGACGUGUCUGCCACCGCAUUCUACAAGGCUCAGCCUGUGAUUGAGUUCAUGUGUGAGGUUUUGGAUUUCAAAAGCAUUGAAGAACAACAGAAGCCCUUAACCGACUCCCAGAGAGUAAAGUUUACCAAGGAAAUCAAAGGUAAUCAUUCAUUACCAGGUCUGAAGGUUGAGAUCACUCACUGUGGUCAGAUGAAAAGGAAGUACAGAGUAUGUAAUGUUACCAGACGACCAGCCAGCCACCAGACGUUUCCUCUGCAGCAGGAGAAUGGCCAGACCAUAGAAUGCACAGUAGCACAGUACUUCAAAGACAAGUACAAACUCAUACUACGCUACCCCCACCUCCCCUGUCUACAGGUUGGACAGGAGCAGAAACACACCUACCUCCCCCUUGAGGUAUGCAACAUAGUAGCUGGCCAGCGGUGCAUCAAGAAGCUGACAGACAAUCAGACGUCUACUAUGAUCCGUGCCACAGCCCGAUCGGCACCCGACCGCCAGGAAGAGAUCAGCAAACUGAUGAGAAGUGCCAACUUUAACAAUGAUCCUUACGUGCGUGAGUUUGGGGUGAUGGUGAGGGAUGAGAUGACCGAGGUGAAUGGCAGAGUCCUCCAGGCCCCAUCUAUCCUCUACGGAGGGCGGCAGAAUAAAGCAAUAGCAACUCCCAUCCAGGGAGUGUGGGACAUGAGGAACAAGCAGUUCCACACUGGCAUAGAGAUCAAGGUGUGGGCCAUUGCCUGCUUCGCCCCACAGAGACAGUGUACUGAACUUCUGCUCAAGGCGUUUACAGACCAGCUGCGUAAGAUUUCUCGUGACGCGGGGAUGCCCAUCCAGGGCCAACCCUGUUUCUGUAAGUACGCCCAGGGGGCGGACAGCGUGGAGCCCAUGUUCAAACAUCUCAAGUACACCUAUCAAGGCUUGCAACUGGUGGUGGUCAUCCUGCCUGGGAAGACGCCCGUCUAUGCUGAGGUGAAGCGUGUUGGUGACACUGUGCUGGGCAUGGCCACCCAGUGUGUCCAGGUGAAGAACGUUCAGAAGACCACUCCCCAGACCCUCUCUAAUCUCUGCCUGAAGAUCAACGUCAAGCUGGGCGGGGUCAACAACAUCCUCCUCCCACAGGGCAGGCCCCUGGUAUUCCAGCAGCCAGUUAUCUUCCUGGGUGCUGACGUCACUCACCCUCCUGCUGGAGACGGGAAGAAGCCUUCUAUCGCGGCAGUGGUGGGGAGCAUGGAUGCCCACCCCAGCCGCUACUGUGCCACAGUGCGGGUACAGCAGCAUCGCCAGGACAUCAUCCAGGACCUGGCCACAAUGGUCAGAGAGCUGCUCAUCCAGUUCUACAAGUCCACCCGCUUCAAGCCCACCCGGAUCAUCUACUACCGCGACGGCAUAUCUGAGGGCCAGUUCAACCAGGUUAGACUUGAGGUGCUCCAACAUGAGUUACUGGCUAUCCGUGAGGCCUGCAUCAAACUGGAGAAAGACUACCAGCCCGGUAUCACCUUCGUGGUGGUGCAGAAGAGACACCACACUCGACUUUUCUGCAUGGACAGAAACGAGAGGGUUGGUAAGAGUGGCAACAUCCCUGCCGGCACCACAGUGGACACCAAAAUCACUCACCCAUCUGAGUUUGACUUCUAUCUGUGUAGCCAUGCUGGCAUUCAGGGGACCAGCCGACCAUCCCACUACCACGUGCUGUGGGACGACAACCAUUUCACCUCAGACGAGCUGCAGGUACUCACUUACCAGCUGUGCCACACCUACGUGCGCUGCACCCGCUCCGUGUCAAUCCCAGCGCCGGCCUACUACGCCCACCUGGUGGCAUUCCGUGCCCGCUACCACCUGGUGGACAAGGAGCACGACAGUGCGGAGGGCAGUCACACGUCGGGACAGAGCAACGGGCGUGACCAGCAGGCCUUGGCCAAGGCAGUUCAGAUUCACCAGGACACACUGCGCACAAUGUACUUCGCCUGAAGCUCCAAGCCUGGGCACCGGGGUCGGCAGGGGUGAGACAGACCCCACAGGGAAGAAGCCUUCACUCCUCCCACCUAACCCCCUUACUGUGCCAGGUGUGGGCAUCAGUGGGUUUGUGCAGUCUAUUGUCUCUCCUCACCAGUAAGGGGGAAUGAGAAGUGUCAUCCCAAACAAAUUGGAAUGGUUUCUUUUCCAAAAUGUCCACAAUUGUUUUCAAACCCACACAUGCAAAACCACUUUCUUCCCCUCUCCCUGGCCUAACCCUGGUCAUUAUUAGGCAGUAGUAUGUAAAAUGAUUCCUCAGAAAUCGGUUGUGGUGGGGUGGACUCAUUUAUUUGACAUGUUGUACAUUUUGUUUGUAUUUGUAAAUUAGUAGUUUACAGAGUUUGAGCAAAGGAAAAACUUUUAUUAGGAAAUACUUCUAUCAAAAACUAGAGGGCAGUAUCCUCACACUUUGAUUGUUUAGAAUCUAGACACAAGGUCACACUAAACCGCUUUCUCCAUAGUUAAACUUUUUUUUUAAAAAUAGGGUUAAAGGGAGGUGGGCAUAUCGAAGAUAAGGGCCCGAUGGAAGGUUUAUAAUCAUUCUUUCUCUUCACAACUUCAUUAUUUAUCAGCCAAUCAAAGCAAAGUGCACUGACCAGAUGGAUACUUUGACCAGGACACAAGUACUUAACAUGUUGUCUUUUCAUUUGUAUAUACAGCUAUGAAUUGAACAGGCCUGUGUACAGUACCAGCCGCAGAGUUAUUUGUCCAUCAACACUGGUGACCAACAAACGUUUUUAUGCUGCAUCUGAUGACAGCAAGCAUUAGAUUUUCAUUAGACUUUGAAACUGUUCACACUUAUUUUUAAUCAAGACCUAUACAAAUUAAUAAUAUGAAAUCUAAACUGUUGGCAAUUGUUGCUCUCUUGCCUUUUUUUUACUUGGACUGAGUCGUUUUGUCAAUCUAUGGUCAGUUGCAAGAGAAACUUACUAAUAGAAUGGGACUGGUUCCUAACAGACACCUUUUUAUGUUCUCUGAGCCUUGUUACAUGUUAAGACAUCUACAUUAGGGGGGAGGUCAAGUCUCUUCAAAUUACAUUUUUGUAUCCCCUUAUUUUCAUGUCUUUCUAAAAAAAAAAGAAAAAAUGUAAAAAUGAAUUUGUGUGUAGAUGACUCACACAUUCGAUUUGGAUAUGUUAAGCCGAUCUGUAGUUUUGAUCUUUUUAAAAUGGUUUCAAUCAUGGUUUUCUCCUUGCUGGGGGGGGGGAAGUCGUGUUGCUGGCAUCUUGUAGUACAGGCGUUGGUGUAUGAAUCGGUACAGUAGAGUGAGCCUAUGCUCCAAGUGUCACACAGCUUAGGGACUGAAGAAUGGGGCGGGGUUCUAUUGGGCGGAAAAGGAUUCCGGAGACGGAUAUGUUCUCUUCAUUAUUACUCAGCAAAAAAGGGGGGCAAUUAUUUGUAGUCAAAGGUUUUGUUUUUUAAUUGUGGUUCUUUGUAGCAUAGCCUUGAGGGACAUAAGGUAUAUUUUGAAUAAGCUUUUAGAAGAGAUUGUUAAAAUUAUAAUAGAAGCAUUUUUUUUAUUGGCCCAUAUGUAGUUGAAUUAAACUAAGUCAAAUUGGCUUUAUUUGUAUACGCAGAACUUUCAUGCAAAAAAAAUUUAAUGCCUUCCAAAACUGAAAUUAUACUGAUCUUUAGUAUAUUUAUUUUUAUUCCCUUUUCUGUUCUCCCGAAUAAUUAGAUUUUAGCAGGGAAUUCUUCAUGUAGCCUAGAUGGGCUAGCUUUUAUCCCUCUUUUCUAACUAUGCAUUGUUUUUAACCAAGACAUUUUUAGCAGUGAUGUUUCUCAAAUAUGAAUUUAUGGUAUUUUUAGAGUAGUAGUAACUUUUUUUGUUUUGUUUUUUUGCUUGGUGCAUUUAAUAGUGUUUGUUGUGCUUCUUUCCUAUACCUUUAAUGGUAUGGGGGAUUGUAUUUCAUUUGUAUUGUAUGUUUGCUAGCACAAAUUCGGUUUAUACUUUGUUUUACAAUCUCUCUUCUUAGCCAAACAAGAUUACACAUUUUGUACAUUGAUGCACAAAAGGACAGCUUAAUUACAGGUGCUAGAUGUUUUCUCCUUCACUGUAACGUCACCUUAAAUCUGCGAUGGACUUCACUUGCCGUAAGUAUGGUAAUAGAUGAAGCAUUUUAGAGAAAAAAAAUCUUUCUCCCUUAGCGAUAUUCAUUACUUUAAUUUCUAAUUCCCUGUAAAGUAAUCCAAAAUCUGACUGUUUGUUGGGCAUUCUUAGAAAUCAAGUACUUGAUAUUUACUGUUAUGUCAAUAUUAUUAUUUGGUGCCGGUCUUGCGACUUGUAAAUUUGGAUGCACUUUUCAUAGAAGUCAACUUGGUAUGAAUUCCAUUGAUUGGUCGAGCCAAGCAGGAAACUCUAACGUACAUUAUGAGUCUGGUGCAAUUGUGUUGAAAUGGCUGUGUGUUCUACCUCUUGUUACCUGUUCAAGUGUUAUGGUAACGUCACACUGCUGGUCAUUUCUUCAUAAUUACACAGGCUAUUAUAUCUGGUAGGCAUCAUUUGAAUCUUACAUUGUCACGAAAUGGAAUGAUUUUGAGCGCUUGUCAUGUGACAGUCGGUGAACCUGCGUUCUGUAAUCAUAGUUCUUGUGCACGAUCCUAAAGCUUUUAUUUUUUUUAAGUAUUUAGAGAGCUACAUGAUCUUUAGUGUUGAGCUGAAAUUGUUGGUCCAACCAAGCUUUUGACUUGUCCUUUUUUUUUCCUAUGCGCCCAUGGAACAGCAUUCAUUUAGCGCCUUUUUUAUUUGUGGUAAAAUGUUUUAAACCAGCCAAUGCAAAACAUACAGAAAUAUAUAUCACAAUAACUUCAUUGCAUAUCCUUGGAGAUGGAUGGUAUGUUACCUAACUGACUGCUGGGAAACAUGUUGGUCAAGCCAAGGCUAACAAUUAUAGCUGCUCACCCACAAUUUGAUGAUUUACUAUUGUAGCCUAUGUCAUCUGUCUUUUAAACUAUUAGCUUGAUACUGAAUAUGCAACAUGUACUGCUGUGCUCCCAUAGAUACACAUGGGGUACAUGGAAAGGCAUCUCCCAUGUUGCUUUAAUUGGGUCAUUGAAUGUAGCUGUUCAAUGAAAUAUUAACAUUUUUGUUUUGGAAUGCAUAGUCUAAGCUCUGCCUCACGUUUAUUCAGGUUAUUGUUUGCUACAGUCAAUCGUACAGAGGGCAGAAACAUGUAGUCAAGUGGACUUGAUGUUAUUGAUAGCUUGAGUUUGUUUUUUGCUAUGGAAAUUAUGAUACAAGAUGUGUGCUUGUCCAUUGAAAUGUGAAUAUUUCCCUUUCAAUGUGGAUAAUGCUCAAUGCUUCAUACUACCAUUUUUUUUCAUCAGUUUUCCCAACCUGAAGUUGGCCCCACCCUUUGUUCAUCCUAAACUUGUUUCUUGGGAGAUGUGGUCUUGUUUUUACUGCUUAUACGUGUUUUAAGUUACCUAUUUAUACACAGCACCUUAGAUUAUAUCGGACCUGUACAGUAUUGCUUUUCCUGAAAAUAUCCAAAACAUUUAAUAAUGUUCUUUUUUGCACUAAAAUAAAAAAAAUAUUUUGGAGCUGUUGUCUAGUUGAGUCACUAGUGUUGUCUCAGACGGAUUGAGAGAUCAGAUCAGCUGGUUUGAUUCAUCAUGAUGCUUACAUUGUUUAAUACUAGGCUAGUUUGUCAGGGGAGACCAUUAACUCAUUGCAUUGACAACUGGUCUGAGAAACACACGUGCACCUCGAAGUCAGACAUUCAGGUGGUUACACCUAGGCCUAUUUGUUGAGGGAUUCUCCCAGCCAACCAGCAUACAGUGGGUGAUUCACUGAAAAUAAUGCCUUUUAACGUCUUUGUCAGAUAAAUAACUGCCACUGGGUUGUGAUUGAAACUCCUCCCAGAAGAGGGUGCUAUUCAUGCAUUUAUUUGUUUUGAGCUUUUGUUUCUAUGGCCAUGAAAAAGCUUGAAGGUUGUGAGUGAGACAACAGCAUAUGCAAAGAUGACUGACAUCAUACCAUGUAUUAGGAUACUGGGUGGACGUCUGAUGGUUGUGAACAUUGUGAUUUUGUAUAUUGUACUGGUUGUGUAAAUGUGUAGCUAUAGUCUGAUGCCAAAGUUUGUGUGUGGAAAGUGUUCUGCAAGUUGGUUGUUAAAUAUGUAUUACUUGCGUUUAUGGUCACCAGAAAUACGACUUCCAUAGAGAAAUCACAUGCAUCAACGAAUGUGGUAGAACUAGUGUCAUAUCAGUAUGUAGGAGUUAUCUGCAAACCUUUAAGCUUUUUUUGUCAACAUACAUGUAACUGCCAAAAUAAUGGUAACAUUUCAGGGGGGUUUUCUGGGUCAAAAUGGGGCUUGGGUGGUUGCGUGGCAACCGAAAAUGUUAGAGGCCCUCCUGUUGGCCGCAGUGACAAUGUUGCUGUUUUAGGCACAUUUUCUGCAUUUCUACACAUUUUGCCAUGGCUUAUGCUAUCCGAGUGACUCAAACAUAACACAAUCAAUGGGGGCCUCAUGCCAUGACAAAUACUCCUGAAAGCAUCAUUUUGGGGAUUUUAGAUUUUCCUCGACUGUAGCUUUUUAUUUUGGUGAUUUGUUGGUUCUCAAAGAAAUGAUAUAAAAAAAAUAUAUAUUUUAAGUGUAUGGGAUACCUAGUCAGUUGUACAACUGAAAUGUGUCUUCUGCAUUUAACCCAACCCCUAGGUCUGUUUUCUCUAUACUUUAUUAACAUUUUUUUUUUUUUACCGUUUGGACAUAGGCAGCCUGAAAAAAAAAACACUUCUGUGCAGAAAAAACUCUGCACUUGAGUAAAUGAGGGAUACAAAGUAUAGUGAAAGCAGCUGCUUCCACAUGGGUGUGGUUCCUGAGUAAAUUAAGCAAUUAACAUCCCAUCAUGCUUAGGGUCAUGUAUAAAGAUUCUGGGAAGGCCAUUAUUUUGGCUACCAAGGCUAUGUCUCCAUAGGAUGACAAUGCAUCUAUCCACAGGGCACGAAUGGUUUGAUGGAAAUUAUGUAAACAAUAUGCCAUGGCUGUCUGUCACCAGAUCUCAACCCAAUUGAACAUGUAUGGGAAAUUCUGAGGCGGUCCCUGAGACGGCGUUUUCCAACACCAAAUGGUGGAAUUUCUCAUUUGAAGAAUGGUGUCACAUCCCUCCGAUAGAGGUCCAGACACUUGUAGAAUCUAUGCCACGGUGCAUUGAAGCUGUGCUGGCCCAACGCCCUAUUAAGACGCUACGUUGGUGUUUCCUUUAUUUUGGCCGUUCCCUGUAGUUAUAUAGCUAUUUAGUCUUUUUGAGCCAAAUCAGGAAUGUACACAAGUGAGAUACAAUUGCCAUAGGGAACUCAACAGUUCAUGGGUAUAUUUGUGUGGUGUUGUACCAAGAAGUACACUGGUGGCUAGAUUGAGUGAACUGAAAAAUGGCAAGCCCAAGUAAAUAAUGAUGCAAAGUAACAUUUUAAACUGUGCACCUACCAUCUCCGGUUCUUAAUUAUUACCUGAAAUCUCAAGAUGCAUAUUGACCUCCGCCUAGCGCUUUUCUGGGGAAAAGACCACAUUUACAUACACACAGUAUUCCAGAUAAUAGUUCAUAUUCCGCUUAAGCUCUUAUUCGGGAUAAGCUGUUUACAUGUACCUUUUGAUAUCCCGCUCAAGAGUAUCACUGUGUCCAUGAAUAAAUUGAAUAUUCCUUUAAGUUCCGAGGUUAAAUUGAAUAGUAAGUGGAAUAUGGACACUGACUGUAGGCCUAUAACCUCUCACAUGCAGAGUAAUAUAGUAAGUCCUGCAGAAUGAUGCAUUUAUUGCAUUAAAAUUUUCGGGAACAGAAGUGGAGAAAUUGGAUUUCUUUCAGCAUCUCUUGACAAAAAUGUGACUGCACGUGUAAUCUUUGUCACUGUACUGCAAACAGACAGUAUUUGCACCACAAAAUAUGUACCCAAGACAAAAUUGUUUAAUUGUUUUCUCAGCUUUUCUUUUCCUUUAAAACCGGUCAAUCUUAUGACAUUGGUCCUGUGCAAAAUGUACAAAUCUUUCCACCUUUUUGAAGUUAGUGCGUUUUUCUCCCAGGUCCCUGAACUAAAUAGACAACUUUAUCGGUGUUAACUAGAUUAUUAAUGCAUUAAUUAUAUCAAUGUAAGACAUUUAUUCUGGUGAGCUCUACUUGAUUUAGUCUUCUGAGACAAGUUAUGACUGAAGAGAAGCUGCAUGUAUCUAACUAUAGUUGACAGACAUAUGACCUACCAAAUGUUGAAAAUUAUAAUUUGGCCUAAAUGUCAGAAAUUCUAAGCAGAAAGUUGGCUAUACGGUCCAGUACCGAGUAUCAGCAAAAUAAAUUAUUAUGGAGGAUGGAACUGCACAGGUAGCCUACUUUUUUUUAAAGUGAUUUGUUUGACAAUCAGAUGAAAACAUCACACAACAUCCAUGAGAUUUAAAACUGAGCCUGUGCAGCCCAAGGGAAAAAAAUGGUAAACGGGAUAAGAUUUUUUACAUGCCACAGUAUCCCGUCUAAGAUCAGCAUAUCCCAGGUAUCUUAUCUGGAUUUUUCAUAACCGGGAUACAAGCUUUUCGGGUUAUUGUAAACGGGAUAUGUUUGUCAACUCAAACUGAAUACUUGGGUAUCCCGAAUAAUAACGGAAUAUUGGUGUGCAUGUAAACGUGGUCACUGACUAACAAGUAUGUUGAUGCGUUUUCUAGAAUUAAGACAUAUCAUGUCAAUAGAUCAUUGGAACUGACCAGUACAUUCUGACCAUAGAUUCUAGUCCCAGGCCCUUGCAGAAAGAGGUGCUCUCCUUUAAGGCUGGGACAACGAGUCCUAUUGGACUGUCUUUGAUUAUAAUUCAAUAUUGAUAUCAAUAUAUUUUGAUAAAAGUCAAUGUUGAGCAUUUGCCACCUGAUUUGUACUGUCAGUAUGAGUAGUUGAGGAACACAGAUAUUAAUAAAGGUUGUGAAUAAUAAUUGUUCUUUUGGUAUUUUGUCUCAGCCUAAUACAUAAAGAUAAAUAUUGGAUUGAUUCUCAUUUUAUCAUGCUUAUUUGAGUUGUGUGUCCAUGACAUUUUCAAAGGUAUUUGAGAUGGUUUAGUUUCUUCAUUGCUUAGCUUUACCCCAUAAUAGUUUUUGCUUAAGUGAUUGUAUUGCUUUGAUUUGGGCAGAACAUAGUAGUAUGGAUCCAUUUACUUUUCUAUCUUAUCCAAAUACAGUAAUGGUUCCUGCAUCAGAGGUGAUACAUGCAUCUGUUGUCAUUUACAUCAUCUGUAUCUGUUUGCGCUAUUGUAUACUGUGGGCAAAACGAAACCUUUAGAAAAUAUAAAAUCAGACUUGUAUAUCCAGAAAAGCCUAUCCCAUUUGCCUUUUCCUGUCUUCUCUUGAAGGUCUACAGCUGAAAUACCAUCCCGGUUUAGUAGAGUAGAACUUAUUUUCUUAACUGACAGGUUACAAUUUAUGUACUUAAAGACAGUGUAUGUCAUUAGGAAAUGUAUCCACCUGUAAUAUGGUUGUAUAAAAUAAUUGUUAUGCAUGCUCAUUAACUUCAAUCCACAAACUAUAAACUGAUUGGCUACUGAAAGUG